AAGGAAGGAAUAAAGGAGGGGGGCAGAGAGAAGAGAGAGACAGAGUAUGUGUACUGGCGGGGGGUGCCUAUGCCAGUGACAAAAAUGUGCUUUUUAUUCUUCAGAAAAAGAGCUUUUGUUAACAUUCAGUUAACUAGCAUUGCUUGAAUAAACUUUUUAAUUCUUCCAGUUGUUAACUUUUUGUUGUUGUUUUGGAGGCAGCCCUUAAGGUGUUUGGCAGGGCUUAGAAUGGUGGAAAAGGUAGUACAGUAGGAGGAAGGAACCAAAAAUGAUUCCAUAGGACAAGGUGUAGUGGUACGCACUAGGGUCCAGUUUUUGUGGUUGGUUUGUCAUUCAUUCAGAAACAAACUCUGAUAACUUGCACACUAGCUUUCUGCUUUUUUUUUUUCUUUCAGUCUCAAAAUAUAUUUGGGCUGUUUACUACUUUGAUGGAAUAUUUUAGGUUAAAAAGUCUCAUUUGGGUCAGGAAUGCUGAAGAUUUUGCAUCAUGUGGUGUGACAGAAUUGCAAUUUUUUUUUUUUUUUUUUUACCUGAGUUGUAGUUGGAAUCGCUUUUAUCUUAUUUCAUAUGUACAGAGCUUGGCAUUGCUUGUUGGCUGGUCUGUACUUUUAAUACCUGGUAUCUUGCUAGCAACACACGGCAGUGUAUAAUUCAGCUCUGAAUGCUUACGUUGAAGCAGGCUUAGAGAUGUGGGGGUGGCAAGAGGCAGACAGUUUGGGAUUUGUAGUUUAUAGUGGUAGCUUGGAAGCAGUUGAAGUAGCACUUAAGAACUUCUCAUCCCAGAGUGCCUUGUCCUUGGCCAUACAGGAAAGGGAACAGCCGAUAGCCUAUCCUAGUGGGGAGGUGUGGUGAUUGAGCAGCUGGCAGGCCAAUCGCAAAGGGGGAAGUGAAGCCAGAGCAGUGGGCUGAAAAUAGAGUGGGGGAGUUAGUAGGUGUCUGCCUGUGUGGGAUCAGGCAAGGGCUUGCCUAUGUAACUAGGGCCACUCUGAAGUUUCCUGUCUGCAGUUGCUCCAGAGCAGGGCCCUGCCCAGACACGGAGGCAGGCAGGCAGGCAGGGGGGAGAUUGAGCUGACCCACAGGGAAACAAAAUUUCAUCCGGCCGGUAAGAGCUCCAAAUGCACUCUCACUCUCUCUGGUGUCUGAGAAGGUAUAGACAGGCUAGAAAAGAAACAGUGGAAUCUUAAGGGGGGAAAGAGACAGGGACUUGGCUUGAUUGAGUUUAGAGCGCUUGACCCACUUGCAGAUGGCAUCGAGAUAGAAAACGGAGGCCUGCUGUGUUAAGACAGGCAUACGGACAGGCGGCAGAACGGACGGACGGGCGGCGGCUGUGAUUGGCGGCUCAGCGGCAAGCUGGUGGAAAAUGUCGUCAGGAGCUGGUGGGCGGGGAAGACGGCAAGGUAGAGCCUCCGGGAGUGCAGGCGUGGUGGAGGAAGGUCCAGUGGGUAUCCCCUUCCCCGAGCACAGUGCUGACCUAUUGGGCAGUCUCAACCAGCAAAGGCUAAAUGGGCUGUUGUGUGAUGUGUUGCUAGUGGCCCAAGAGAGAGAAUUCCCUGCCCACCGCUCCGUAUUGGCCUCCUGCAGUACCUACUUCCACAAGCUUUUCACCUCUGGGCUGGCUGCUGACCAUCAGAGAGUCUAUGCGCUGGACUUUGUGAGGCCUGAGGCGCUGGCCGCCCUCUUGGACUUUGCUUAUACAGCCACACUCACAGUCAGCCGCAACAGUGUGGUUGACAUCUUAAGCGCCGCACGUGUGCUUGAGAUCUCACCUGUCCAAGAUGUCUGCACACACCUGCUGGACACCAAAGUGCUCUCCCCGCCAGCGGGCAGUGAGCAAGAUGAAGAUGAUGAGGAAGAGCGAGGAAAUAAUGGAAGAGAACAGGGCAUUCGGCUGCGUGCCCGUGAGUACCUGGAAUUCUUCCAGAGGGGGGCGCAUUGGGGUAGCAGCUGCAGCACGCCAGAGCUCAGGGAGCUGCCUACACACCUGCACUUUAGCCAACGCAACGGCGUUGAAAGCAAUGGCACACCCACCGGCCCUGCUGACUACUACUCCCCACUGGCCCAGGCCGUAGCGCAGCCACCUCGUGAACCUGAAGAUGACGAUGUCGAUGAAGAACGCCAUGAUGGAGCUUCAGAUCUGGCUCGAGGGAAAGGUGCACAGGCUAUGAUGUCCUUUUACCCUCCCACACAGAAUGGACAUUUCUACCUCCAUCAAGCAGAGCCCAAAUCAGAAAGAGAGUUGGAGGUGGCAGGCGAGCGGGAACAUGAACGAGGCCCAGCCAGUGCUUUGCUACAACAGAUGAUGGACUCUUUGGAGCAGAAAAGGGAGCAGCCCACCACAGGUGGUGGGGGUGAUGAGGAUGGGCCGGAGGGUGAAGAGCCGGACGUGGAGUUUUACUUGAAGUACUUCAAUAGUGUGCAACACGAAGAGGCCGCUAGUACCCCCAUCUCACCAAGUCUGCUACCACUGUGGUCGAUGAGGGGCAGCGGAGGUGGAAACCAAGCGACAGGAGGGGGUAACAGUGGUGAAAGGAAAAUGCGUUCUAAGGCCUUCCAGAAGUGCCCCAUCUGCUCCAAGGUCAUCCAAGGUGCAGGCAAGCUUCCACGCCACAUCCGUACACACACAGGAGAAAAGCCGUAUGAAUGCGCCAUCUGUAAAGUACGAUUCACCAGGCAGGACAAGCUAAAGGUUCACAUGCGCAAACAUACAGGAGAGAAGCCUUACCUGUGUACUCAGUGUGGUGCCGCCUUCGCCCAUAACUAUGAUCUGAAGAAUCACAUGCGUGUGCACACGGGCCUGCGUCCCUACCAGUGCUCCAGCUGUUUUAAAACCUUUGUGCGCUCAGACCACCUCCACCGUCAUCUCAAGAAUGACGGCUGCAACGGCAUCCCAUCCCGACGAGGCCGCAAGCCACGCAUACGAGAUCCUGAGCUUCUGGAUGGUCCUCUGGAACUCCAUGGUCCAGAAGCAGAUACUGAGAGUGGUCGACGGUGUUUAGACGGGGGCAGCAGAACAUCAGUCAUGGAGGAAAAUCACGGUAGUCGCACACACAGUCCCAUUGGUGAUGAAGAAGGUAGCGAAGAUUUGACCCUGGGACAAAGGGAUUCUGCAACUACAUGAAUCAGACUUUGUUAGAGAGGGUUUUCCUCAAAAACCAGAGGAAGAAUUAAACGGAAAAAUAAGAAGAAAAAAAAAGAAAAAAAAACCUUCAAACUACAUGGUCCUCUUUAAAAAAAAACAAAUCAGGGUGUCACGCAAAUCUAAUAUCCUAGUUUCGUUUUCUCCUUUUUUAGCUUUUGCAUUCCACAUAGAGACUUAACCACCGAGUUACUGGUCUGUUGAAAGAGCGAAGAGCACUUCAAAUCACUCACCCGUGCUGUCAAAAUCUUUCUGGGUCUUUUUGUUGGUCUUUUUUGUAACACUGGCAUAAUGGCUUAGCCAUAUGCUUACAAGAAAAAGCUACUAUGCAGUUUAAACAUGUUCCUCAUCUCUGGGUUUUAUCUACAGAGUCUUGUCUUAAGAGUGAGGUGUCAAACACCAGGCUGGCUGCUGUUUCAAUAGGUUAGAUAUGAAUGGUCUAAGAUGUGAUCAAGGCAACCAAUACAUCUAUUUUUCUAAUGCAAUGAGCAAGAUGUACAAACACUAUAGAAAAAUAAAUCUAUUGUCUCAGAUUGCAAUAUAUGCAAUAUUCUGAUGCAGCACCUUUUUUCUAAAUGUUCCAGAAAGAAACGGACAGGGGUUUGAUUUCAAGUGUUACUUUCUCUAUAAAAGAUAAUUCUUUUUUUUUUUUUUUUUUUGAGAAUUUGUCUGUUAAUGAUUUAAAAGGUUACCAUUUUGAGUCUAAUCCAUAUAAAGGGGGACCUCAUUAAUUUGUUUUUGGCUGGGAGAGGGUAAGAGAAGGGAUGAUGUCCUGUGUUUCUAAAGCACUACCUUCAUCUGAUUGCCACUGGGUUAAUUCUUACCUCUCACGGGCCUGCUUUUCCUUAUCGGCAGUCCAACUUGCAUUGUUCUCUUUUAUUUUUGGGAUUGUCUUAAUAUUUUGUCAUUAUUUUGUUUUUCCUUUGUGUUGACUAUUUUGGGUACUUGACACUUUACAUUUGUAUACGUGUGUAUAUAUUAGGUUGUAAUGUUAUGAAACCUUUUCUAAGAGAUAUAUUGCAGAUAGAUAGAUAGAUAGGCUUACAUCUUCCUUCAGAUUCACUCCAGGUUUCUUACUGAGUUAAGUUUGUAGGGGGAAUAUGCUGUUUUAUAGCAUUAUAAUUGAGAAACCCAUUUUUCCUAAACUGCACUUAAUGGAACCCAGAAGUUUCCACCCAAAGUAUAAAUUGUGAUAUAUGUGCUUCAUUUUGAGUGUUUCUGCAGGAGUGAAACUGUAUGCAACUGAGGAGUGAGGGCACCACUGUUAAUAACAGCUGGUGAUUACUUAAGCUGGGAAUUUUUUAUUUGUUUGUUUGUUGACAGAAAAUGCAAUAGAGAGUCGAGCACCUUUUUUAUGCAUUUGCAUAGCUUUACUAAAGAUAUCUAACAGAGAUAGAGAAAUAUCUGUUUAAGGAGGCAGUUUGGGUUGGGAAGAAACAAAGUGCUUAUUCAGUUUAUUUGCCCAAGGGACCACAUAAAAAAAAAGAAAAAACCUGAGCGAUAAGGUUAGCAAUAAAUUAUUUUCCAAGAUGGAAGUCCAAAUAAGCACACAGCUAUAGCCGAGUAAGAAUUAGGGUCCAUUUUUUAGUGUACAGCAUCCUUUAAUGCAAUGUAUAGAUGAGAUAAAAUAGCUAUACAAACUUUAUUGCUCUUUUCAUGAUGCAAAUUAUUGGCAGAGGGUUGGGGAGAAAGUGUCCUAAAGACUGAGACCUUUAUUUUGAAGUAAUAUGUGCUUCUGUGCGCAGGUGAGAGAGGGUGCUACUACGUCUUAUGGCCACGUCAGAUAAGUAUUACUCACUUAGAGGGGCCUGGAGCGUAAGCAGGCACUUUGUGGGCAUGUCUAAAUGGGCUCCCCCCAAAAAUUCAGAACACUGGGUGCUUUGGUUAAGUUAGGACUCUUAUUUAAAUAGGGCAAAUAUGAGGGCAAGACUUGACAAAGGCGGAGACUUUUAUUGCUGAUAAAAGGGCAGAUUUCAAAGUAACAUACCAGGCACAUCAUUUUUUAUCCUAACCGGAUCAUUUAAGUGGAUCUCAGCAUAUAUGACUUUGUGGCGAUUGAGAGAACAUUUUUUGUGUCAUUCCUUCUGCCUCUGCAGUGCUGUAUCCUGUCUUUUGCACCUUAAUUAAAAAGAAGCAAGUUUUGAAUGCACUUUGUUACUAAGAAGGGCACUUUUCAGUCAAAAGAAACGGGUACUUUUAACAAAAGUGCAAAAGUGCUACAAAAAAAAGGCCCAUUCAAGUGGUGAUGCUUAGCUUGUUUUGUUGUUUUUUUUUUGUUUGUUUUUUUUUGGCUUGUUCAUGUGUGUUGCUUUCAUUUUGGUCUUGACACCAAGCUGCCAAAAAAUUUCACAGUCACUUGAGAAGAGAAAGGGGCAGGGUGAAGGUAUUGUGUUGUUAGAAGGUGUUGGUUGAUGUGACGUUAACUAAAAAAGCAACAAAGGAGAAAUACCCUUAUAUAGAAGCCUAAUGACUAAUUGCACUUGAAGUUUAAAGAUGAUAGAAGGUUUAAGAGUUCUCUAUUUUGUCUUAAUACAGAGAAAAGGACCAAAAAUGUGGCAGCAUGUGAGCCUCUGCAGAGUUUUUUUUUUUAUCCCCUUUUCUCCCAAUUUGGAAUGCCCAAUUCCCACUGCUUAGUAGGUCCUCGUGGUAGUGUGGUUACUCACCUCAAUCUGGGUCGUGGAGGAGAAAUCUCAGUUGCCUCCGCUACUGAGACCGUCAAUCCACGCAUCUUAUCACGUGGCUCGUUGUGCAUGACACCGCAGAGACUCCGCAUGUGGAGGCUCAUGCUACCCUCCGCGAUCCACGCACAACUUGCCAUGUGCCCCAUUGAGAGCAAGAGCCACUAAUCGUGAUCACGAGGAGGUUAAUUUGGUUGCUUAGGAGACCUGGCUGGAGUCACUCAGCACGCCAUGGAUUCAAACUCACGACUCCAGGGGUGGUAGUCAGCAUCAAUACUCGCUGAGCUACCCAGGCCCCCUGCAGAGUUUUAUUUUGAUGAUCUACAAACUAUAUACCUGUACAUUUAAACCAUUUAGUUUCUGUCUGUGCAUUAAAAUCCCUGAACAUACAUCAAGAUGUAUGUAAGUCACUUUAAAUACGUUGUGAAAUGCCACACCCUAAGCAUCACACUACAGUUAGUUACAAGUUUUUGAUCGGAUGAAUUAUCCUUCUGGAAAUUUCAGUGUGUAAACGUGUUUUCAUACCCCAAAACACACUCGGUUAAAAUUACAUUAUGUCUGCAAAGGUAUGUCUGCAUGGGUUUGUGUGGUGACACACUGACCAUCUCUGGUAUACUUAGCAACUUUGUUUCACUAAUGGCCUGCGAUCAUUCAAUAUGAAGAGUAGAUGUUAAAUUUGUUCGCAAGGACGCUUCAUACCUUUACCACAACCCGAAUUUAUCCUCCCUCUUACAGAAGCAGAAGUUGGAGUAGAAUUGUUGGGGGAAAAGCCUACUUGAGUUUCUUUUGUCAUUUUAUUCUUUUUUUCUGUUAUCUUUAGUGUGAGAGUUUAAAACUUGCAAUGCUUACUUUAAAAUGUGUUUCUUCAGCUUAUUUGUUUUUUUAGCAAAGAUAAUGCUAUCUGUUUCGGUGGAGUUUAGCCAUGGGGAGGGGCACUGGGUUAAAUGGUAAUGGAAAAUGGGAGGGUUUAGAUGGGUGGGAGGGGUCGGGAGGUACAAAGCCUGAUAGCACUGGAAAUGGUGCUUUAGCUGAGAAAGUUUUUGCACUAAGUCACUCAUGUCCUUGUCCUUGGAGGAGGGGGACUAGAGUACCGGGCAAGGCCUUUGAGUUUCUGUGAACGCAGAGCCUAUUAAAUCUCCACAAUUAACCAGUUGAAAACCAAAGUUGGCAAAGAUUUGAAUUACUUGAACUUUCUAAACCAUUCAAAGAAAAGAGAUUUUGAAUCUUACAUUAUCGACAAUAACGUAAAACAAGAAAUGUUUCAGUCCAGUGCAACUUCACCUGAAGUAAGCUGUUUGAGGAAAGACAGUAUUCAAGCAGUGGCUUAUUUCCAGUGAUUUACUGGAUCAAACCUUAAGCAUCUGUGUCUACGUAGCAGUUUGGUGAAGUUAUUAGAGGUCUUUGUGAGUUCACAGGAACUUAUUGGCUUUGUGUGGAGGGGGGCGUAAGCUUUGUUCAAUGGGUCUAAAAGGAAUCAGGGGCAGAGUCUUGAAGCUUGCUAAGUGGAGAAGGAUUGUGGAGAAAAUGUGCCUUAACAUGAAAGGAGAUUGGGAGGAUUCCUCAAAAGAUUGCUUCCAUUCCCGCUUCCCAAACCAUUCUUGAAUACUUGUGUCUGAUAUUAAAUGUGGUUGAAAUAAAUGUUUUAUUGUGGACAUUUCUAAGAACCAAAAGGUUGUUUGUCCAGAGCUACUCAACUUGUAAAUGCAAACUAAUUUUUAAGGUUGUCUCUUGGGAAAAGUGAGUUAGGAGAUCCUGUCAUCUUCCAUUCAGCGCUGUUUAUUGCUUCCGCCCCAAUGGCGGACUUUACACUGAGAAAGUGUCUUAAAACCCCAUUUACAUGACUUCAGAAGCUCCAUGUAUGUAAUAUCCAAAUCUUAAUCUAUUUUAUGUCUAUAUUUGUUUAACUUAUUUGAAAAAAACAUAAAAAAGCAUUAAAGAUUACAAUGACAGUUAUAACUGUAAUAAUCAUGGAAGAUAUUUUGGUUGCUUUUUAGAGGUUCUGGCUGGAUCGAAGCACAACUAGCUGAGGAUGACAAUGCAUGGCUAGAUUCACACAAUUGUUUUCACCUGAUCCACUGCUGUCUGAUGCCCUGCGGGCACUUUGCACAAGGAGUGGCUCGUGGGCAGUGGAAACUAGUUUGCACAGAUCAGGAAGGGUGGGUACUAGCAUUUUUGUGCAGGUUGUCAGGGAAACGUUGUCUUAUGGGGGGCUUGGGAGAGCCUUUGUCAGGUAUUGCUGUGCCAUUAUGUGUAUCUAAGGAAUUAUAGCCAUCUAACUCUUUGACUGCCUCAGCUGGUUAUGUUUCACUGAACAAGUAGAUGUUGUAGAGAGCAAAUGCUAGAUGGUGUGCUGGGAGGCAGGGGGAUUUUGGGUAUUAUGGGCCAUCAUCUAUGCUCCUCAGGUUAAAUAUCACUGCAGUCCAUGUACAUUUUUUUGUUGUUUGGUUUCAGCUCAAAUUUUGCCUUCUGUGUAAUCAGCUUUAUUGUACUGAGAGAACACCAACCAAAUAUAUUACUAUGAGUUUUAAAGAUAUGAUAUCAAAAGCCAACUACCCACGUGACCACAACUCAUUAUUUUUUUGCCUAAUAACUUUUCAUUCUUGUCUAGUAUAGAAAAAGAAUGGUGAAAAGUCAGCAAUCAGUUUUUGAACAUGUUUUAACAUUCUAGAAUUAUGGGUGGUGUAUUGUCUUCGGCCACAUCCAUACUAAUCCAUUUUCUUUUUAAAACGCAUUGAUUUUACUACUUUUACACCUCCCAUCCAGACUGCAGCAGCCUUUUCGUCCACUAAAAAUGAAGACUUUUGAAAAUGUUCUCUAUAACCGCAUACUUCGGAAAACGAUGACAUUAGGAAACUGAAAAUGGAGAUUUCAAACUUAAAUGGAUUAGUGAUGUGGCCUUUGUUGAAUUUUAGAAUGAGACCAAGGCCAUGUCCACCUUAAUUUGUUUUUGUUUGUAAACGCAUUGAUUUCACUACAUUUAUGCCUCGCAUCCACACAAGAACGGUGUUUUCCUCCACUGAAAACAGAGUGCUUCGAAAAUGCUCUCUGUUAUGGCAUACUUUAGAAAACCAUGACGUUAAGAAACUGAAAACAAGAAUUUCAAAUGAAAAAGGAUUAGUGCAGAUGUGGCCCAAAAAAGCAGUGAAUUGACAAAGACAUCAAGUCUUCAAGUCAAGAAUGCAUUAUAUAACUUUCUCUUAAAGAGAAAUAGUUGUUGUAACGAACAGAUACAGGUAGAGGCACAAGAGAUGGUGUCUUAAGUCUUAAAGGACUUUCUUAAUGGUUUGUUUUCUCUUUUCCUCUACCAAGAAUGUCCUAAGAGUGUGUUGAGAUUCACAAAGCCAUCAAGCUGAUUGCAGUUCUGUGAUUGUAACAAAAAGCACUUUGCGAAAGGCCAUCCAGAAUAUUGUGUGCUGUCUCCUUUGAUUAUUACUGUUGUUGUUGUUAUUAUUAUUAUUUUUCUCUCUCGUUGAUGCAUUUUCUUGUUAUCUCAUUGUGGAUGUAAUGAUUUAUUUAAAUGCAAAAAAACUACAUGGAAAAAAAGAAACUUGAACAUGUGAUAUAUCUGGGUUGAAGUCCAUUUGAACUUCUGCCCCAAACCACACACAUCUCUGGAAAGGCACAACAAAACAAGGAAUUUCAUAUGUUCAAGUUGUCGUACAUGUUUUCUUUUAUCAUUUUUUCCCCACCCAAGUCUCAUCAUAAAAAGACUUUACAUUUGCUUGGAAAUAUUUUGCUGGGUUUUCAUUGUUCUGCAAGAUGCUUCAUAGACAUAGCAUUUAUAAGAGAGUAGAUCUAGACUAUUGGUAUUGUUGGGGCCUAACUAUCCCAAACAAUUCUAAUGUCCACUAAAAAUAUGCAAAUAUUCAGUUUGCAAUCCGCCCUGUCUAAAGAAGUCAGGUUUGGAACAUUAUUUAACUUUCCUGCAUAUGGGUAACAUACAAUAUCUCAUAUUAGUUUCCGUCUGUUGUUGGGUGGUAAAUCCAGUUAAUCCACUAGCCACAUGUACUUUCCACAAUGCAUUUUUAUUUUCAAGUGUGAAACUGUCUUUUAUUUUCAGUUUAUUGAUAAAUUUACCAAGGGACUCAUUACAUACUAUAUUCCAAGCUAACAUCUCAUCUUCAUCUCAUGUUUCUUGUAUAGUAUCUGCAAAAUUAAAAAAGAACAGUCAACCUCUGUACAGAAAACCAUAAUUCAUGUUCAGGUUUGGGUGCACUUUUUACACUUAUGUAGAUUUUGGGAUAGCAAAAAAAUUCUCAGUGUCUCAGGCUUGGACAGCAGAAACCCUGUUUUUUUUUAUUUUUUAUUAUUUGGUUAAAUCAAGUCCUGUUCCUUUCCAUUGUCUGUCAGUGUGUGUUGAAGCUAUAGAGAUGUAUUUGGGAGAUUUUGCACUUUUGGCGAUGAAAAGAAUUUGUAUUGUAUAUGAGACCACUAAAUCCACAUCGUCUUAAUCAAACAAUUCCAUCUUGUUUUCCAUUUUAUUCUAUUUUUUCUUUGUUUGUUUUUGUUUAUUUUUUACAAAAUAUAUCCAAAAAUGUCUUAAGUUUAAGAAAUAAGACAUUUCUAUUAAAAAAAAAAAAAAUGUUUACGACC